CUUGAACCACAUUCACACCAGUUCCCAUCGAAGAAAACAAACAGCUUAUUUUCAGACCAAACUCUCUUCACUGUCUCUCUCUCUCUCAUUUAUUUCUUCUCCCCAAGUUCUUGUCUUCUUCUUUUUCGUCUGUAACUCUAAUGGCCGAAGCCCUAGAAUCCUCCGUCGACACUUCGGCUCCAUUCGAGUCAGUGAGAGAAGCCGCCACUCGCUUCGGCGGUUUCGGCUUCUGGAAACCUUCUUCCCUCAACAACAUCCCCGAAGCUUCUCAGAAUGAUGUGGAUGAAGCUAACAUGAUGACCAAAGCUAAUGAGUUAGAGAAGGAACUGAUCUCCAAAGAAGGAGAAGCUUUGAGAGUCUUGAAGUCUCUAGAGUCGAUUAAACUCAUAGUUGAAGAGCUAAAAACAAAGCUACACGGAAGAGAAGACAAAGAGAACCGCGACAUGAAUGUUCUAAAAGAGCUAAACCAAGCGAAAACGAAUCUUUGCAAAACGACAGAAGAUCUAGCUGCUAUACGAGAGUCAGUUGAGUUACUAAACAAGAGACUAGAAGAGGAACGAGAAGCUCUCGAGAAGACACGAGAGAGGUUAAUAAACUCUGAGAACGCUGUGGAGAUCUCCAAGGAGAUACAGAGACUAAGUGAUGAUGCGUUGGAGUUUAGUAAAACAGGGGAGGAUGCUCGUUUUGCGGUUGAUAAAGCUGUGUGUGAGAUUGAGGAGACGAGGAGGAAGAUCAAAGCUGCUGAGUUGCGUUUGGUGGCUGCUAGGAAGAUGAAGGAAGCUGCUAGAGCUGCUGAAGCAGUUGCAAUAGCUGAAAUCAAAGCUGUCACCAGAAGGAGAAGAGAGACGUUGCAGGAGGAGAUUCUUGAGAAGAUAGAAGAGACGGCUCAAGAGAUUAGAAGCAGUAGGAGGACGAUUGAGGAAGGUUUGGAGAGAGUGAAUAGCGUGAAAAUGGAAGAGGAAGAAGAGAGACAAUGGCAGUGGUCAGAACAUAGGAGGAGAUCAUCUUCUUACAAGGGAAAGUACAAGAACAGGAGAGAGACGGUUCUGAUGGAUGUAAACGGUCUGAAUAUGAUGAUGAAUGGAGACGGGACAUCGUCUUCAGUUGCUGUCUUGAGACCAACGAUGUCGAUAGGGCAGAUACUGAGCAGGAAGCUACUUCUUGCGGAUGAGUCAGCGAUGAUGAUGGAUGGGAGAGUGUCUUUGGGUCAGAUUCUUGGGAAGACUAACUUUAAAGAAAGAAAUGGUGAAGGGAAGGAUAAAGAAAAGAAGGUUAAUGGGAAGAGGAAGAGGUUCGGAUUGGCUAAGUUAUCUGUGAUGUUGAACAAAGAAUGCAAGAACAAGAAGAAGAAGAUAGUUCUGAACUUAAAGUGAUGAAGUGAGUGACUGAAUGAACUGAAGAUGGUUAAUCUCUUAUCUUAGGAGUUGUAUGUGUAAGUCGCAUUAUGUUAAGGAAAUUGGGUUUCCAUUGUUUUCUUUUUCCUGUAACAGUUGGUUUAUUGUGCUAAUAAUAAAGUCUGGUGUGUGAUCUACUAUCUUAACACUUAUUUGUAUUACACACUUAUUAAUGU